AUGGCUGAUAAGAUCAACCUCGAGGGUGAAAAGGUAGCCGAUGUCUCCGGGUACCAUGAGGAGCGUGGAACUGGCCAGCCUGACCCUAUCGAGCUGAGCCGUAACAUCGAGGCGAAAAUCAAGAACCCACUGGAGGGAAUCGGGUACAACCAGCUCAUGCGCGAUGUCGAGGUCUUCUGCCGAGACCACGGUCUUCAGGAGGAGAUCGCCGUAUUCCGCAAAGGCGCCCUGGUUGCCCAAGACCCGGAGAACUACGAGAACAUUGGCGGCGCCGAAGCCCUUGACGAGGCCGAAAUCAAGGCGCUCCGUGAAGAGGUUACACACAAGUGGCGCUUGCCUAAGAAGCUCUACCUGACCAUCAUCACUUGCUCCAUUGGUGCUGCUGUCCAGGGAUGGGAUCAGACCGGUACCAAUGGCGCCAACAUCUUCUUCCCCGCAGAAUACGGUAUUGAGUCCAACAGUACUCGAGACCGUCUCAUCUUGGGUCUUGUGAACGCGGGCCCUUACAUUGGAUCAGCUCUCUGUGGCUGCUGGCUGUCUGAUCCUCUCAACCAUUACUUCGGUCGCCGCGGUGUCAUCUUUUUCUCUGCCCACUUCUGCAUCUGGCCCCUCAUCGGUUCUGCCUUCAGCCACAACUGGCAACAGCAGCUUGCGAACCGUCUUCUCAUGGGAAUUGGUAUGGGCGCCAAGGCUUCCACGGUCCCCAUCUAUGCUGCCGAGAACUCCCCGCCAUCUAUUCGUGGUGCUCUCGUCAUGUCUUGGCAGAUGUGGACCGCCUUUGGUAUCGCAUUGGGGACAGCAUUUAACCUAGCCGUUUACUAUGCCAAGUACAACUGGCGCCUCAUGCUUGGUGCUCCGUUCCUUCCUGCCGUCCCUCUCCUCCUGUUGAUCUACUUGUGCCCCGAGUCGCCUCGUUGGCUCAUGAAGAAGGGUCGUUACCAUGAUGCCUGGAAGUCCAUGAUUCAGCUCCGACACAACCCGAUCCAAUGUUCUCGAGACAUGUACGCUAUCCAUGCUCAGCUGCAGCUCGAGAAUCAGGUGCUGGGCAAGAGCAGCUACGUCAGCCGCUUCAAGGAACUCUUCACCAUCCCUCGUGUGCGCCGAGCCAACCUGGCCGCUUUCACCGUCAUGAUCGCGCAGCAGAUGUGCGGCAUCAACAUUAUCGCAUUCUACUCUACCACCAUCUUCAAGGAGGCUAAGAUGGGCGACUUCGAGGCCCUGCUCGGCUCGUUCGGCUUUGGCAUGGUCAACUGGCUUUUUGCCUUUCCUGCUUUCUGGACCAUCGACACUUUUGGCCGACGAUCUCUACUUUUGUUCACCUUCCCCCAGAUGACCUGGACCCUCUUGGCAGCUGGUCUCUGUACCCUGAUCGCCCCCGGUAUCACUCGGACAGCACUGGUGUCCCUCUUCGUCUAUCUCUUCGGUGCCUUCUACUCCCCUGGAGAAGGCCCCGUGCCAUUCACCUAUUCGGCCGAGGUCUACCCCCUGUCUCACCGUGAAAUGGGCAUGGGUUUCGCCGUCGCGACAUGUCUGUUCUGGGCUGCCAUUUUGGGCAUGACUUUCCCGUUCAUUCUCGACAGACUCCAGGUCGUGGGUGCAUUCGGUCUGUAUGCUGGUUUCAACGUCGUUGCCUUCUGCAUGAUCUUGUUUUGGGUUCCAGAGACCAAGCAACGCACCCUCGAGGAGCUCGACUGGGUCUUUGCUCUCCCCACCAGCCGCUUCGCUGCUUACCAGGUCACCAAAGCCAUCCCCUACUUCUUCAGACGCUGGGUCUUUUUCGACCGCAGUGCCAAGUUGGAGCCGCUCUACACCUUCCAGCAGCCCGACCGGACCGAGCGGGUCGUCAGCUCCGACGAGGAGAAGAAGACCUUCUAG